UUUCCUGGUGGGUGCUUGCUUGCAACGGAAAAUCGUGGAAAUCCGCUGUCCUCCGCGGGUGAGAAGUUACACAACGCAGCGUUCGAUCGUGGAGCCUCAGAUCUCGGUCGAGCGCCAGAAAAUUAUCGAAUUUCGCAACUAUCAGUGGCGCAACCGUGGAUAGUUUGCCCCAACUCGGAGCGAUCCCGAUCUGGAGUUAAUUUGGGCCAUUUCCGUGCGUUCGCCGAGAAGUGCUCGACGCUGGCAGCGUGCGAUAAAGAAAAGUCGGAGCCGCGAUAAGAAGCGAUUCGCGUGCGAAAUUGGCGAAAGGUUGAUUGCGGCGGCGGUGGUCGCGGCGUGGCUGGUAAUCGAGGAGUUUUCCCGUGCAAUCUGUGAGGCUCGGUGGUGACAAAGACGACGUGGACGUGAAAAUCCGCUGGUUCGUGUGUUAUCGAUUUUUCCGGGGGGAAGUCACCCCUUCGACGUGUGCGGGUAGCUUUCCACGGCGAACGGCCGCUUGUCACCGAAGCACCGCGAGUGCAUUGCGGGGGAGAAGUUGAAUGAGAAGUGACCUUAAUCCCACAGCCAACAGGGGAGUCGUGCCCUAACAUCGGACGAGUGUUGGUGCAGCGCAAGGACUACGUAUUGAAGGGAAUCGAGUGCUGCUGUCAUCGACCGCGGCAUCUCGCCUGCACCCCUCCGCCUCGCGCACCACCCCAGCUGUGGCGAGAACCAAUGCAGUGCAUUUCCUAGGGGCGGAAAUGCUUUGUUCAGGGAUAGUAACAACAAAGUGGAAAACUUGUGUUUGAAGUGAAUUGGACCCGAUCGGGUGGCAAGUGUUCUUAUUUUAGCCCCAUUUGUUUAUGAUUGUUCCUUUCAACCCUUGGUGCAAGUGUUUGCCUGUCAACGAGUGGAUAAGUGCAAUUCAUAGCAGAGAAAUCAAAAGAAGUGAAGAUCCCUUCCCCGAAUCAGUGCAGUCUUAAGUUCCUCGUUCGCCUGCAACGAAAAUUCAAUAUUUCCUGGGGACGGAUGGGAUGCGACGAGAAGUGAGUGAAGUGCUGCCUCCAUUCGAAUUUGGCUCGUAAAUGAGAGGAUUGCAAUGUCUUACGUUAGCAGACAAUUGUUUUGGAUUAUUAAGUGAAAACUUCUUAUAUUGCAUCGGAACGAGCAGUCAGCGGAGAAGUGGCAGGUGAAGACGACGGCAAAAGGUGAAUAAACGUGGUAACCGGAGUAACGACAACGCCAACCACGUUCAGCGGCGAUGAUGAUGGAUCGGGAAAGCCUGAGCGAGUGGGCUAAAGAUAAGCCGCUCAGCAUUCUUCAACUGGAUCCGGCCGAUCGGGCGGUCUUGAGAAUUGCAGAUGAACGAGAUGCCAUACAAAAGAAGACUUUUACAAAAUGGGUCAACAAGCACCUCAAGAAGCACUGGAAGUAUGCAGCGAAGACAUAUACUAUGUUACAUGUUUGUGUUUCCAUCAAUGGAUCACCCUGUUGUCCGCUCGCUGCUUCCCGACGCGUCGACGAUCUUUUCGAAGAUUUACGAGAUGGCGACAAUUUGCUUUCUCUCUUGGAAGUUCUUUCUGGCGAACACCUUCCAAGAGAAAAAGGAAAAAUGCGUUUUCACAUGCUUCAAAACGUUCAGAUGGCUUUAGAUUUUCUCCGUUUCAAAAAAAUCAAAUUAGUCAAUAUUCGAGCUGAAGACAUUGUCGAUGGAAAUCCAAAAUUAACUCUCGGUUUGAUCUGGACGAUUAUUUUACACUUCCAGAUCUCCGAUAUAGUUGUUGGUAAAGAAGACAAUGUAUCAGCUCGUGAUGCUCUACUUAGAUGGGCCCGAAGAUCGACAGCACGCUAUCCUGGUGUACGUGUUAACGACUUUACAACAUCAUGGCGUGAUGGAUUAGCAUUUUCAGCAUUGGUUCAUCGCAAUCGACCGGAUCUGCUUGACUGGCGAAAGGCACGAUCCGCUCGUCCCCGUGAACGUCUCGAAACUGCUUUCCAUGUUGUCGAAAAAGAAUAUGGAGUUACACGUCUACUUGAUCCCGAAGAUGUCGACACAAACGAACCCGAUGAGAAAUCUCUGAUCACGUACAUAUCAUCCUUGUACGAUGUAUUCCCAGAGCCACCCCCAAUUCAUCCACUAUACGAUAUGGAUUCACAACGUCGCGUACACGAAUACAAAGAACUCGCACAACAAUUCCUUUAUUGGUGUCGUGAAAAGACCGCUUACCUUCAGGAACGAUCAUUCCCCUCCACAUUGAUCGAAAUGAAACGACUUCUGAACGAUUUGAAUCAAUUCCGCAACAAUGAGAUACCGCCAAAGAAACGUGAAAAGACAAAGUUGAUUCAAGUUUACAAGGAGCUCGAACGAUACUUCGAAAGCAUUGGAGAAGUUGAAGUUGAUGCCGAGCAUCAACCAGAGGCGCUUGAAAAGGCUUGGUAUCGCCUACAAACAGCUCUCUCCGAUCGCGAUCAUAUCCUUCAACAGGAAGUCGAACGGUUGGAACGGCUUCAACGUUUAGCCGAUAAAGUUCAACGUGAAAUUAAACACACAGACUCAAAAUUGACCGAUAUUGAAGAACGAAUUGUCGAGGAGGGUCGACGUAUCGAACGACUUCAUCCGGUCGACGCUAAGAAUAUUGUAGAAAGUCUCGAAACCGAAAUUCGUCAUUUGGAAGAGCCAAUACAAGAAAUGAAUCAGGAUUGUCAUAUUUUGAAGGAGGGACGAUAUCCGAAUGCAAGUGAAUUACAGAAGAAAGUUUCCAAACUUCAUCAAAGAUGGUCCCAGCUACGUACAACAUUCCAUACGAAUUUGGUACAGAAAUUAUCAGGCCUUAGAUAUCCCGUCCAUGAGACAACGAUAACGCGUCAAACGCGAACUGUUGUCGAAGCAAGACAAAUAGAUACAAAUCCGUACUUUAGAGAUUUACAAGAAUAUACAGAAUGGUGCCAAAAUAAAUUGAAACAACUCUUAGCCGCUGACUAUGGUUCCGACUUGCCAUCGGUUAAAGCCGAACUGGAACAUCAUCAACAAGAGCAUAAGGUUAUCGAUCAAUUCCACUCCAAAAUCCUGCAUGCCGAACGUCAACAGACAAACUUCACUGGUGAUGAACUCAAUCUGUACCAGCAAAGAUUGAAUCAACUGCAAAAACUCUACGCCGAAUUGUUGAGUACAUCGACAAAACGUUUGUCCGAUUUAGAUACUCUUCAACACUUCCUGGCUCAAGCGUCGGCCGAAUUACAAUGGCUGAAUGAACGCGAACAAAUUGAAAUCACUCGCGAUUGGGCUGAUAAGAAUUUGGAUUUGUCGGCUAUUCAUCGAUAUUAUGAGCGAACAUAUGGAAAUGGGGAUGAGAAUUUGAUGUCUGAAUUGGAGAAACGUGAGAUUCACUUUGCAACGAUCCUUGAUCGCGGUGAAGCACUUCUAGUUCAACAGCAUCCAGCCUCCAAGUGCAUUGAAGCUCAUCUGCAAGUCCUUCAAUCGCAAUGGGCGUGGCUUCUCCAGCUCACACUAUGCCUUGAGGUGCACUUGAAACAUGCUACCGAAUAUCAUAAGUUCUUCAAUGAAAUUAAGGACGCCGAACAAUGGUUGGCUAAACGUGAUGAAAUCCUUAACACGAAAUACUCGCAAUCCGACUUCGGUUUGGAUGAAGGCGAAUCAUUGCUCCGGGGGAUGCAGGACCUCCGCGAAGAGUUGAACACCUUUGGUGAAACAGUGAUCGUUUUACAAAAUCGAGCUGAAACUAUUGUGCCUUUGAAACAACGUAAACAACCAGUGACCCGUCAAAUGGUUGUGCAAGCCAUUUGUGAUUAUAAACAACAAGGUCCAGUGAGCCUAUCUAAGGGUGAGACUUGCACGCUCCUUGACACAUCGGGUCGUGUUAAGUGGACAGUCAGUAAAGCAAAGAUGGAAGGAUCAGUUCCAGGAGUAUGUUUAUUGAUCCCACCUCCAGAUCAAGAAGCAAUCGACGCUGCAGAGCGAUUGAAGCGACUAUUCGAUCGUUCAGUGGCCUUGUGGCAGAAGAAACAUUUGAGGUUGCGUCAAAAUAUGAUCUUCGCUACAAUUAAGGUUGUCAAAGGUUGGGACUUUGAUCAAUUCCUGGCUAUGGGCCCUGAACAGAGAACCGCUAUUCGACGUGCCCUGAAUGAUGAUGCUGACAAGUUGUUGAGUGAAGGUGAUCCUGCUGAUCCUCAACUACGACGUUUGAGAAGAGAAAUGGACGAGGUGAAUCGUUUGUUCGAUGAAUUUGAAAAACGAGCCAGGGCUGAAGAGGAAAGCAAACAAGCUAGUCGUAUCUUCUCGGAAGAAUGUAUUUCUAUACGCACAAAACUGGAAGACAUGGCCAGAGAAUUGGAUUCAAUUAUUCUUGCUCCAAUGGCUCGAGAUCUUGACUCCUUGGAGCAUGCUGUCCACAAACAUGAUGACUACAAGCGUAGAUUGCGUCUGCUCGAACCAGAAGUUAAACAUCUUCAAGAAACAUUCCGCACUAUCGCCCUUAAAACGCCUGCUUUGAAGAAGAGUUUGGAUGUUGUCCUUGAACUCUGGAAGGAGUUGAACACUCAGAGUGAUCUUCACGGUGAUCGAUUGAAGUUGUUAGAAGGAUCUCUAGCUGGUCUAGAGGAUAACGAACAAGUGAUUUCGGAAUUAGAAGGCACUUUGGCUAAACAUCAGGAUAUGCCUUCAACUGCUGAUGGUCUGCAUAAUGUGUUUAAACAAUUGUCGGCAAUGCAAGAUAUUAUCACCCAACAACAACCCCAAAUGGAUAAGAUGAAUGAUGCUGCCGAUCAAUUAGGCCGAAUGGGUGUACCGACUAAGGUGUUGGGCGAUUUGAAGCGGUUACAUGCUAAUGUUGAACGUUUGAAUGCCCGUUGGAACAGUGUGUGCUCGCAGUUAGCUGAAAGACUACGUGCCUGCGAAACUGCCAUCGGUUUAAUGAAGAACCUUCAAACUAGCAUGCAAGUUGAAGAAAGUUGGGUAGAUGGAACUGCGGAAAAAUUAUCAGCUAUGCCAACAGCCACAUCAGCUCUUGAGCUGGAUAACUUACUUGGUGCGGCAAUUGAGCGUAAACCAAAAAUUGAACAAGUUAACCUGACCGGAGGACGACUAAUCCGUGAAGCUAAGAUCUACGAUAGUAAGUGUCUUCACUACAUCGACUGGCUGGUGGAAGUUAGACCAUCAUUCUCUCCGCCAAGAAGAGAUCUGCGACCCUUAGGUGCUGACCCAGGUGCAACCGAAGUUUACAGUCAACGGUUGGACAUUUUGAAUUUGAAAUACGAAAGGCUACUCGAGACAUUAUCGCAACGUUUGAAGACGGCCAUCGAGGUGAAUGGAGCUGAUGGUUUGCGAUAUGCGGAGAGCCUUCAAAAACCUUUACGUACAUAUCGUGUAGAAUUCAAUUUGGGUGCACCAGCUGGCGAUGGAGUACCCAGUGAGGACAUCUACACAACGUCGUAUAGUCAAACGCAGUUCAGCACAUCAAAAACAACAUCUUCAAAAACGACAUACGAUCAAACUGAUUAUUUACACAGAAUCGAAUCAUCAGGUAGUCGUGAAGGGUCACCAACAAAGAAAGUUCGUAAACAUGACAUGCAAUCAGAUAUCCAUCAACGCAGUCCUGACAAUGCAUCAUCCGUUCAAUUCACGGAAAUACGCAGUCAGAAACGGGUUGAACGCAAUCAUGAAAGUGUCGGUACCGAUUCAAAACAACUGCUGGAUAUGCCUGGUAUCGUAGAUCCUAAAACCGGUCGAAUUUUAACAGUUGGCGAAGCUAUUCAUAUGCGUAUCUUAGACGUACGAACCGGAGAAAUAAUCGUCAAUGAACAAAGGAUAACAAUACAAGAUGCAGCUCGAAAAGGUGCUAUCGAUCCUAAUCUCGCUGAAAAUUUACUACAACCCGGUGCUGUUAUCGAUCACAACGGAAGACAUUUAAGUUUACUUGAAAUAAUUCAGAAAGAGAUAACUGACGCUGAAAAUGGCUACGAAACGGCUGAGAAAAGGAUAAAGGUAAAGACCCAGAUUGAAGAAGGAAUAGGUGAAGAUGAGGCGAAAAGUAUUGCCGAUGCUAUUGCUGCUGGACAAGUAGAUCCAAAAACUGGGGUGUAUCGUAUUAAAACAGGUCAAACUAUAAGUAUAGCUGAAGCCUACGAACGGGGCUAUCUGCGACGACAUGAAUCCGUUACAAUUAAGUCAAACGCCCUAUCCUUAUCCGAUGCUAUACAACACGGACUUGUAGAUAAUAGCGGUUGGAUAUCAGAUCGGAAUUCCGGAGACAAAUUCAGACUUGACUCGGCAAUUAGUAAUAAUCUCAUUGAUCCAAAUAUAAGAGAGGUGGUCGAUGCGAAGAAUGAUGUGAAAGUGACCCUAAAUGAAGCCUUAAAAGCAGGAAUUUUGAAUGCAAAGACUGGACGCUACAUGAAUGCAGUAACAAAGGAGAAAUUGACUUUUGUCGAAGCGAAAAACCGUCAAUUGAUCGUUAAGCCAUUCACCUUAAAAGACGUUUGCGAUUUAAAUCUUAUUGAUAAGAACGGUAAAAUAACUAGUCCAAUGCGGAGGGAAAAGUUAAGCAUUAUACAAGCUAUGGAAGCAGGAGUCUUAGAUAGUGACAACGUCAAAUGUGUCACUAAGCAGAAGGGAGAACUAAUCACUUUAUCGGAAGCAAUCGCUGAUGGAGUGAUUCUACCGGCGGAAGCCAAAUACCGUGACAGUAUUACUGGUGAAAUUAUGUCAAUUCCAGAUGCUGUAGAUAGGGGACUAAUAAGCUCAGUUUCUCAGAAAUCUAUUUUCAAUAUUGAUGGAUUCAAAGAUCCUUACAGCGGGGAAUUCGUUAGCUUUAAUGCAGCUUUGGGUAAGGACGUUUUGCGCCGAAAGAAUGGCGAAUUUCUGCUGGAUGCAGGCAAAGGUAAUUUUGUUGAUCUGAAAUCAGGCAUUGAAGCUGGCCUAGUACGACCAGAAGUUUUCGAAAUGUUAAAUCGACCGGUUGGCGUCCAAGAUGCUAGUGGUCGUGAAUUGACAGUCCUCGAUUUGGUCUAUCUUGAUUUGAUCGAUCCAAAAUCAGGGUACUUGUUAGAUCCAAAUACGAAAGCAGUAGUUCCUUUGGAUACAGCUAUUGAACGAAAGUUCAUAACACCUGAAGGUGCCUUACUAAUAAGUAGCUUACUAAAUAUAACCCUAACAACCGAAACUGUUACAAAGACAAUUAAACGGUAUGUAACUGUUACAUCAGAGGCAACCGGCGGUCAAGAGGAGGUUGUACUUACCUUUACAGAAGCCGUGCGCCAAGGUUUCAUUGAUGAGAAUCGACAACUUUUCAAGGAUCCCAAAACAGGAGAAAUCUUCUCAGUUCAACAAGCUUUAGCUUAUGGUCUUCUACUUCCAGAUUCGGAUGAAACAGUUCCACAACCAAGUUCCCGAAAACAAACCAAGUCCACUAUUACAAUAGUUACAAAAUCAUUCUUACCUGAACUUGAACCUGAACAAAUUGAAUUGAAGUCCAAAAAGGUUAUCCAAAAAUCUGUUGACUUCCCUAUUCCCCAAAAGGCUGAUGUUGAAUACUCCACAUUCCACACUACUACUGAAACUAAGGUUCAGAAGAAACGUGAUUCGAAAACCGUUGUUUCAGAAUUCAUAAACGUUGAACGGCAAGGUCAACAGAACAUUACAGAACGACAACUCUACGAGAUGCCGCCCGAGGGAUGGUUCUUAAGUGAUGCUAUUGAGCAAAAAUUGUUCGACCCCGUUACAGGUCUUUUCAUAAUUCCCGGAACUGAUCGUUUGGUGAGUUUCCAAGAAUGUAUACAACUUCAAAUCAUCAAUAGGAAGUCUGUUGAAGUGUUAGAUCCAAAGAACAAUCGUAGAGUCACAGUUGGCAGAAGCUUUGAGAAAAAGAUCUUGGAUAGCACGGGCCAUUACAAUGAUAAUGGUAACAUAUUGAACAUGAAAGAGGCGAUAAAUUCAGGCAAAAUAAUAUUAGAAUGUCCAAUGGAAGUCGACAAAACUAAUCAGAGACUAAUCCAAAUCACAAAAGUUACCGGUCAACCAGAUCUUGUUGAAGUUUCCGUUCGUUUAGACGAAAAUCCACCACAGUUCGUCCAAAUCAAAGGUUCAAAAUCAAAUCUCAGUAGUCCAGAACCUGUACAAAUUGGUCCUGGAGCAAUAUAUGAUCCAUCUACCGCAUUGGUAAUUUUCCCGCAAUCUGGCAAAUCAGCAAAUAUCAUUUCUGCAGUUUCUGAGGGCAAGGUAGAUUCAGACCUUGUCAAAAUUGCUGAUCCCAAAACAGGCAAACAAAUAAGUGUGAGGGAAGCUAUCAAGAAAAGAAUAGUCGAUCCGAACACUGGGGAGAUCGUAGAUAAAUCUGGAAAGAAAAUUGAUUUGAUUAAUGCCGUUAAGACAGGAGCUCUUGUAGUGGUAGGUGCUCCGUUAGUAGCCAUUGAAAGUGCUUUACAAUCACUGAAAUUCAUAGUUGAUCCAAAGACUGGGGAAAAGAUUCCAGUGGAGGUGGCCGUCGAACGAGGACUUAUUUCAAGAGACCAAGUAUCGUUUGAUUCCACCUCAUCCACUCCUAGUACUAGAAGUCCUGAGAAGGUCAAGACCAUGACAAUAGAAUCCAUUAGUUUAGACGACGAAAGUCUUCCGAGUGAAGGAGAACGCACUCGAGCAAGAAUUACGACUGAGCCUAAAUAUCUCGUUUCGAUCGGGAAAGCAAAGUCAGUAACUCAAAGCCCAGAAAAAGAAGCGAAACUGGUUGUUUUACAGAAAAUGCGAAAACAAAUUGUGCAACCUAGAGAUGCUCUCCAAAAGGGAAUGAUUGAUCAAGAAACAGCCGAUAUACUUGAAAACAAGGCUAAUUUCACGUCUCCUGAAGGAGACAUUCUAAGCAUUUCGGAAGCGAUUGAGCAAAAUUUGAUUGAUGGACAGAAGGGUAAGAUCAUCGAUCCACAAAGGGGAGAUACUCUAAACAUACAGCAAGCAAUUGAGAGAGGAAUUCUCGAUGCCGAUGGUACCAAUCAUUUGCUCAUUCCACUGGCAAAGAGUCUAUCAGUUCCACAGCUCAUAGAACAAGGUUUAAUUGACCCCAAUGACAAGAAAAUCUUCCACCCUGAAACGGGAACUCCACUGAGCGUGAAGGAAGCUAUUAUUUGCGAAGUUUUAGAUCCUCUGUCUAAGCUUCAAGAACCUAAAGUCACUCUUGAGAACGCAAUCGAAAGUGGCAUCAUCGAUGGAGACAAGUCCUUGGUGAGCACGAAGAUUGGCUCCGUAGAUCUCCUUGAGGCCGCCAGUCAACAAGUUUUUGAUAAUGUUGACAACAAUAAAUCGUUUGAAAACAUUCCACCUGUAGGUAUGACCUUCCCAGUAGGAGUGAAAAAGGGAUUAAUUGACGUGACAACUAAGGAAAUAAUUCAUCCAAUUACUGGUGAAAAGCAGCCACUUCAAACCGCAAUUGAAAGUAAUUUCAUUAUGGCUAUCCCCCACCCGCCUAGUGCAGACAAUAUUACAUUAGAAGAAGCAAUUGAUUCGAAACUUGUUGAUGCGGAUAAGGGAGUAAUAAAACACCCUAAAACAGGCGAGCUUGUUCCUAUUAAAGAAGCUGUAGAAUCAGGAUUGCUCACUGUAAAGCCCCUUCCAGAAUUUGUCGCCAGCCACUCUACUCUGCCAUUGACGACAGUGACCGAAACAGUAACAUCCGUUCACACAGUAACAACUAAGACAAUUUCUCUAUUACAAGGCUACGUUAUGGUCUCUAGUAACAAGGUCCAAAAUACUAGCACUGGGGAAAUUAUUUCUAUUGAAGAAGCCAAACGUCAGGGUAUCAUCAAAGACGAGUCCGAAAUUAAGGAAAGCUUUGCCACAAAGGAGAUAAAACAAAGUUUCGCAGAUGCUUUGAAACAGGGCUUAGUUAACAUCAACGAAGGAACAUAUACAGAUCCUCAAUCAGGGGAAAAGAUAACAAUUCAACAAGCUGUUUCUGAUGGUAAGCUCGAUAUAAAUCCUGAAAGUAGUUCGGAGGUUGUCGAAGAGAAUAACUUGACAAUAACCCAAGCCUAUCAGAACAUAUAUGAUGAGCAAAAUAAGCAAUUCCGCGAUCCUAAGAACCCCGAACGGUUAGUCACCUUGACAGAUGCCAUGAAAGAGGGCAUCAUCGAUCCACAAUCUAGGGUAUAUGAUAUACCAACAGGAAAAAUGCAAACACUCGAAGAAAGUGUAAAGCAAGGACUGAUCGAUGCGAAAACUGGAGAGGUCAAACAAAAAUCUGGUGUUUCAGUAAAUGUCAAGGAAGCUGCGAAACUUGGUCUGCUGGCAGUAGUUGGAGCUCCAGUGUUGGCAGGCAUGGCUGUAGCCGGUGCUGUAAAAAAAGUUGUAGGGAAGAAAGAUAAGUCACCGGAAUCCCCUAUCGCCGUGGAAAAACCAGUUACCAAAAAACAGGAACCUCAAGUGAAAGACGUUAAAUUGCCCAAACAAAAAGAGCCGUCUCCUACAGAAAUUGUUCCCCCGAAACCAUCUGAAAGGAAAACUGUGGAAACGGUGGAUAUUCCCAAACAUGUAGUCACUACAAUAGAUAAAUCAUUAGAAUCAGUUUCGGAGGUGCCUGCAAAGAUAGAAAAACCUACGGAAGAGCCGAAAGUUACCCAGACCACGGUUAUUACCGAAGUCAAAUCGCCAGUAUCGAAAGAAUCAUACACAUUGGAGACUAUCUCUGAAAAGCCAAGUGUUGCUGAAACCAUCACCGUGACAACAACUACGACAACCACGACCACUACAACUUCUCCAGAAGAAGCUGAGCCGCAAAAACAAGUUGAACAGGUUGAAAGCACGCAGCAUAUUGCUGACUACUUCAAUCCAGAAAAACUUGCAGAGAUCGGGGCAUAUGAUACGCAGACCGGUCAUUUCCUAGAUCCUGCAACUGGUCAACGAGUCACUUUCCAGACUUUGAUAUACGAAUUGAACAUUUUCGACCCGGCAGUUAUCUUUGUCAAAAACUUCAGUACCGGCAACUAUGAUACAUUGGAAUAUGCUUUGGAACGGCCGCUAUUGGAUAAGAACACAGGACACAUGGUUGAUCCGAAAACGGGAAAGAAGAUACCAUUUUUCGAGUGCGUAAAUCGUCAAUGGAUUAUCCAAGACACGAGUGUUUUGGAGAAAACACCACCUGCCGAUCACAUCAUUGAUCCCGAGACCGGUUAUGUCAUCUUAGAAGAUGGACGUAAAAUCACAAUUGCUGAAGCCUUGAAUAAUGGCGACUUAGAUAUCCAGUCGAUUUCAGUUCAUGAUCCUGGUAGCGGUGAAGUCAUUCCACUUCGAAUGGCGAUUGAAUUAGGCUUCGUUGACUUGAAGCGUGGAACCGUAUAUUACAUCGAGACGGGACAAGAAAUCACCAUUACGGAAGCUUUCAAAUUAGGCAUUAUUAUCCAAGGAUCACGGAAACCAAUUUCGCUGGAGGCAGCUGUAAAGAAAGGACUCUACGAUCCAGAAUCUGGAAAAUUAUACGAUUCUGAAUCGCAGAAUCAAGUUGAUGUUCAAAAAUCUAUCGAAAUUGGUUUAGUGGAUCCAAAAAUAUCGAUCAUAGUUGAUGCAAAGACCCAGAAACCUGUAGAUUUGAACAAUGCCAUUGAAAGCAAAUUAGUUGAGUCGGAAACAGGCAGAAUAAAGGAUACGAAAACGAAUGAAAUGGUACCAUUCAAUAUUGGUAUUGAGCGACAAAUAUUGCAAACAGAGAAUGUAAUUUGGAGUUUGAUGGAAGUAAUGCAAAAAGAAUUCUACAACAGAGCGACUCAGAUGAUUUUAAAUCCGAUAACCGGAGAAGAGAUUACAUUGAGAGAUGCAAUCGAUAGUGGAUUUGUUGAAGUAGAUUCUUGUCUCGUUCGCGAUGAGAAGAAUGAUCGUUUGGUUCCAGCUAAGAGGGCGAUCAAGGAUGGCCUCCUCAGCGAAGAAACGGGCAUGCUUACAUAUCCUCUCAUAAGUCUAGACGAGGCAUAUCAGAAAGGAUAUUUAAUCAGCACAAAAUUGCCUCUGUCGAUUGUGGAUUGUCUGCUUCGAGGUCUGUAUGAUCCAAAUACUGGCAAAUUCACAAUUGAAGGACGAACCCUAACUAUCGCCGAAGCAAUUAAAGAUGACAUUUUAAGUCCCAAUGAAUUGAUUAUUCUAGAUCCUAAAACCAACAAUGUUAUCUCAUUAGUUGAGGCUAUCAAACUUGGAUAUUUAGACCCAGAAGCAGGCGUCCUAGUUGAUCCUUAUUCAGGCUUGAAGCUUACUCUGACAGAAGCACUAGAAAAUCGUAUCCUUAUUCCACCUAAACGGAAACGCAGCAUUCCUGAUGCGGUCUAUCGUGGAUUAUACGACCCUAAAACAGGAGAGUUCAGCAACACAGUGACGCGUGAGAAGCUUUCGACAGAACGCGCUAUUCGUAGAGGUGUCUUGGAUCCCGAAUCGACUAUAGUAAAUAUUAGCGGAACUAUACUUCCAUUUGAAUUAGCUGUUGAAAAUGGCUUGAUCGACGCAAAGCGAGGUAUAGUGACGGAAAACUCAGGAAGAAAGAUCGACUUCAGAGAAGCGUUUGACCGCGGCAUUCUGGUAGAAGUCAAGAAACCAAUUGGAUUAUCUGAAGCCGUCGUGAAGAAUGUUUAUGAAGAAGAUACUGGUCUGUUUAUGGACCCUAAAACGGGGUUGAAGUUAACAUUCGCGGAAGUGGUUGAACAAAAAAUGAUUGAUCCAGAAUCGGUACAAAUUCGAGAUUUCAAAACUGGUCUAUACAAGGAUAUUGAUUUAGCUCAUGCUACUGAAACGGGUGUCAUUGAUGGUAAAAAUGCGAAGGUUGUUUACAAUAAUCAGAAGAUUACUCUUAAGCAUGCAUUCGACGUUGGUAUUUUGGCCGAUAGCAAGGCCCCUAUCAGUAUCCAAAGGGCUAUCCAUCAAGGACUGUACGAUGACAAGACAGGAAAAAUCGUUGAACCGAAGAGUGGCAGGAAAAUUACCUUGCAUGAAGCAAUGCGAAGAUUCAUCAUCAAUCCCCAACUUCCUUGUUACUUUGACGAUCAUAAUGAAAAGUUAAUGAGCUUGACUGACACCUGUCGAGCAGGACUAAUAGACCGCAGAGAGGGCGUCUUCCGAGAACCUGGAAGCGAUUUGUUUAUUCCUCUGAAUGAAGCCAUGACACUUGGUCUUUUGGUAGAUAUUGAAAGUGCUGGAUUCGGUUUAUAUGAACUGUUGUCUAUGGGAUUGUACGACAUUGCAAGCAGACGAAUUGUCCAUCCAGUCUGCGGCAGGCAGCUUACUCUACGAGAAGCAUGCGUUGAGGAUGUCGUCAGUAUUUCGUCAAGUUUGAUAAAGAAUCCUCUGACUGGAAAGUAUAUACGCUUAGGUAAUGCCAUUCAAGAAAAAUUGAUAGACGAUUUGGAUGGCACGUAUGUAGUGGGCCAUGAUAGGAAGAUUGAUCUUCAACAAGCUAGGGCAAAGGGUUGGAUUGUUAGUAACAGAAAGUUGUUAACUAUGGAGAUGGCGAUUAGAAUGCAAUUGUUCCGUCCUGAUACUGGCAAGUUUGUCGAUCCUUCCUCGGGAGAAUAUUAUGAUCUUUUGGGGGCAAUUGAAUGUGGGCUUAUUGAUCCGGAUACUACAGUGUUUAAAAAUCUAGUUACUGGUGCUGAUAUUCCAUUGCGGGAAGCUAUAACAAAUGGUGAUAUUGAUAUCCAAAAAGGACGCGUUCUUGAUCCAAAAACAAAAACAUCUUAUAAUUACGAUAUUGCCGUUAAUCGAGGUUUGUUAGUGACGGUUCUUCGGCCACUCACCGAGCGACCAAUAACCCGCCGUGAUAGCGUUGAUUUGUUAGGUCAGUCUCCAAUAAGUAAAAUGAUAAUAAAACCGCGUGAAAUGUCUUUAGAUGAAGCGAUCCGCUAUGAAAUUGUGAACCCUGAAACGGCUGUGAUAAAAAAUCAGACAACAUUCAAUUUCAUUCCUUUGAAACUGGCGAUCGAACGAAAUCUAGUCGAUAUUGAAAAACGUACUCUAGUCGAUCCAAAAGCGUUAUUCUUCGCAUUCGAUCCUAGCCUUAUUGUUUAUGUUCGUGAACCAGUCGCGUUUGAAAAAGCCGUUGAAACAGGAUGUCUGGAUUUGUCGACCGGCAAACUGACUUAUCCACCCAAUUCCGUAUCUGCAUUGGAACCUGCGGCGACUAGCCCCGCGACUGAAACUGAUACAAGCUCACCAACACCGGAAGAACCUAAAAUAUACAGUCUGAAGGAUGCCACUACUCUGGGAAUUUUAGAUCCAGACACUGCUCUCAUUAAGGAUGGCGCUAAACUUAAGCUUGUCCGACUAUCUGAAGCGUUUAGAAAGGGCCUUAUGGAUUCCGAUAAAGCAAACGUAUUAGACACGAAAACAUCGAAGCUGUUAUCUCUGCAACAAGCUUAUGAGACGGGUCUCUUGAUAACACCUAAACGAUCUUUCGGGCUAAUUGAGGCAAUCACCUAUAAUUUAUACAAUCCGACCACGGGUGGAUUCAAUGAUCCUUUCCAAACAACCAGCGAUAUUAUAAAUAGAAAACGAUUGACUCUAGCCGAUGCAAUAGCAUCAGGGCUUGUUGACCCGACUACAACGAUGGUGCGCGAUCCAAAUAAUAGUGAUAUUGUACCUUUGGUAGCAGCAAUCAGUUCUGGUCUAAUUGAUCCCAUUACGGGACGACUAAUCGAUAGUUAUGAUAAAAAUAAUAGUUUGGAUUUGGUGAAAGCAAACGAAAAGGGUUUGUUGCUGCCAGCUGAACAACGGCAAGCCGUCAUUGAGAAGUUCAACUUAUGCGAAGAGGCCCUUACUGGUUUGCUGAAAUGGAUAGCUACAGUGGAACAGAAAAUAGCCAGAAUUGGUGGACCCAAGGAGAAGGUGGAUGAUUUGAGAAAUCAAAUCAACUCUCUCAAGCAAAUCAAAGACGAAAUUGAAAGUCAAUCACGUCCAGUAGCUUCCUGCCUAGAACAGGUACGUCAAAUAGUCCUAACCGGAGGCGAUGUUCUUAGUGCUCCAGAAGUAACAACAUUGGAAAAUUCCGGACGUGAAUUGCGAUCUCGGGUCGAUCGUGCUAAUGAUCGCACACUUCGUCUCCUGAAACGUUUGGAGAGUGCCCGCGAUGAGUUAACCAAGCUUCGUUCAGAACUUGACAUAUUCUCAGGUUGGCUACAAACAGCUAGACGCACCCUGGAAGAUAAGGAGCGAUCACUGUCCGAUCUUACCAGGCUUUCAUCUCAAUCCGAUUCGAUUCGUGAAUUUGUUAGCGAUGUAAUCGCCCAUCAAGCCGAUCUUCGUUUCAUAACAAUGGCGGCACAGAAAUUCGUUGAUGAAAGCAAGGACUUCUUGCAAGCUUUGAAUGAUUUCAGAACAUCGCUGCCUGAUCGCUUGCCGCAUGUAGAACCACUCGCAAGCUCGGAAAGUCCAAUUAGGCAAGAAGUGUCAUUAGUGUCGGCUCACUACAAAGAUCUAUUGCAUAGAGCUAAUACAUUAUCUGAUCGUCUAUCGGGUCUCGGUGGAAGACAAAGGGAGUACCAAGAUGCCCUAGAUAAAGCCAGAGAUUGGUUAAGAGGCGUUCAACCACGCGUAUCUUCUGUGUUGUCCGAUCCAGUCGCUGCAGAUCCACAAACCGUUCAAGAUCAAAUGAACGAAGCUAAAUCCCUUCACAAUGAAUUCCUAACCCAAGGUCGAUUGGUCGACAACGCACAACAAGCACUUGAUACUUUACUUCAUUCUUUGGCCGGCCAGCUUAGCCCAUCCGAAGUAACAGCUUUAGAAGUGCCAGUGGAAGAUCUGAAAGACAAGUACAAUCAACUUUUGGACGCUUUGGGAGAUCGUUGCAAACUCCUCGAUACAGCCCUAGUACAAUCACAAGGCGUUCAAGAUGCUUUAGAUGGGCUUGUUGGUUGGGUCAAUCAAGCAGAAGACAAAUUCAAACUGCAGUUCCGUCCAGCAUCACUUAUCAAAGAACGUCUCCAGGAACAAGUGCGAGAACAUCGCUCACUGUUGGCUGAUUUACAAUCUCAUCAGGCUAGCAUCGAUAGCGUAACAGCAUCAGCUCAAGAUCUUAUGGCGUCUGCAUCUAAUGCUCGCUUGGCCAAGAAAAUCGAAUCAAAAUUAGCCGACGUUACAGGCAAAUUCGAAAAACUUUUAGAUAAGGUCGUGAAACGUGGCGAAUUUUUGGAUGAAACUCUUGCUCAACUUAUCAAAUUCGAUCGCGACAGUUCUACAUUAGAACAAGAACUUUGCAAUCUCCAAGAAUCGCUUGAAAGCCGCGAGCUAGCUUCAUUGACUGCCGACGAUCUAGCCAAUCGUAUGCAUGAAAUGUCACGAAUGAAGGACAAACUGCGUCCAAUGUAUGAAGAUUGUACUCGCUUAGGCAAAGAUUUAAUUUCACAACGGGACGUUACCGAUACGGGACCAGUGCGCGAUCGCGUCAAGGCAUUAGAGAAUCAAUGGAAGAACUUGGAUUCAUCGCUUGACGAGAAAGCCAAAUUAUCGAAACAGAAGGCUGAGCACUUGAGUGCCUACGAGAAUUUGAAAGAUCAGGUUCUAGCCUGGUUAGCCAGUAUGGAAGCAAGAACCAACGCCCUUGCACCGGUUGCGGUAGAUGUUGAGCUAAUGCGUCAACAAAGCGAAGAGCUUAAACCCAUUAUCAAAGACUACCGUGACUAUGGCACAUCAAUCGACAAGGUCAAUGACCUAGGUGCUCAAUAUGAUGCUUUAAUUCGUCCAGAUAGUCCUGGUCGCAAGCGUUCAUCUUACAGUCCUAUCAAGAGAGUAAGCCCAUUAAGACGCAUGUCAGGAGAUGCUAGAACACCAAGUCCAACUAAAGGUGUACAUAUGAGCCCAUCAAUCUCUCCACUUUCUCCUGGAUCUAGUGGAUUUGGUAGUCGCCGUUCCUCUCAAGAUGGCUUCCAGAUCAGCGAAAUGACUCCAAUUCAACAACAACUGAGUGAAAUCAACAACAGAUACGGCUUGAUUGGAGUCCGUCUCAACGAUCGCCAAAAUGAAUUGGAUACCCUACGUGAAGAAGUGAAGAAACACCAAGAAAACCUGAAAACUUUAUCCAGCUUCUUAGAUAAAAUCCAACGCCAAGUACCAAAAGAUUCUAUGGGAAGCAAAGAUGAAGCUGAACGUUGCACUAAGCAAGCUAGAAAGGUCCUGGAAGAUAUGUAUGAAAAACAAAGUCUUUUGGAUUCUACGAAAGCCCAAAUCAGAGAUCUAUUACGUCGCAAGCCCGAUGUACCUGGUGCAGAUCGUUUGCGAUCCGAUCUCGAUACGGUAGCAGAUCGUUGGAAGAAUCUCAGCGAUCUUUGUAAGGAUCGUAUCAACUUCUCCGAGCAAUUACGCGAUUUCCUAGAUACGCACAACAACAUGAUCAACUGGUUAGACAGCAAAGAACGUAUGCUCACUGUUCUGGGGCCUAUUUCAUCUGACCCACGAAUGGUGCAAAGCCAAGUCCAACAAGUGCAAGUCCUCAGGGAAGAAUUCCGUACUCAACAACCACAAUUGAAUCAUCUUCAAGAUAUUGGUCAUAUAAUUUUGGAUCACUUGAAAGAAUCGUCACCAGAAGGACAAGCUGUUUCCAAGAAACUACGUGAUGUCCAAAGCAAAUGGGACGAUCUGGUUGGCCGAUUAGACGAACGCGCCAACAGUCUUGGUGCUGCAGCUGAUACCAGCAAAGAAUUCGACGCAGGACUAAGUCGCCUACGGGAAGCACUUCAGACCAUUAGCGAUAACUUGGACGCUCUUCCCACUGACCGUGAUCAUCAAGAAAAUCUACGCAAGAUCGAAAAUCUUGAACGCCAAUUGGAAGGACAACGACCUCUACUGGCCGAUGCUGAGGAAGCCGCUAAUGCACUGUGCAAGGUUUUGGGAGAUGCAGCAUCACGUGCCGACGUCAAGGCCCGCGUUGGAGCCCUCGAAAAACAAUACCAAGCUCUUCAGAAGAAGCUGGAUACCAGGAAAGCUGAAACUGAAGCUGCAUUACGAGAUGGCCGACAAUUCGCUGAAAGCUGUUCCAAAACUCUUGGCUGGUUGGCAGGAGAGUUGUCCAAUCUUUCAGAUCGUCUUCAGGUCUCUGCCCACAAACCAACUCUUCAACAUCAAAUCGACACACAUGAACCCAUUUACCGCGAGGUUAUGGCACGAGAACAUGAAAUUAUCAUGCUUUUGAACAAAGGCAAAGAGCUCACAGCUAAGGCAGGUACCACAAUUGACAGGUCGAUCCAACGUGAUUUGGAGCGAAUCCAACAACAAUGGGAGAAGCUACGACGCGAUGCUGUAGACAGGCACACACGACUUCAAACGUGCAUGGAACAUUGCAAAAAAUAUGGCCAAACAUCAGAAACUUUCCUGUCAUGGCUGCGAGGAGCUGAAGAUAAACUUGCUGAUCUCCGUCCAGGCUCUCUGAAGAAAUCGCAUUUGGAUCAAAGACUACGCGAAUUGCAAGCUUUCCGAAGUGAAGUUUGGAAACACUCCGGAGAGUAUGAGAACACCAAGAGCUUAGGAGAUACUUUCUUGGCUGCAUGUGACGUAGAUAAGGAACCUGUUAAAGCUGAGAUCCAGGAUAUUCGAGAACGGUGGGAGAAACUCAACAACGAUCUUUUGAACCGUGCUCAAGAACUUGAAACUUGCGCUCGCCGCUUGGGAGAUUUCAAUGACGAACUUAGAAAUCUUGAUCAUGCAGUGGGACGAUGCGAAGAUCGUUUGGCAGCUCAUGAUUCCUUAGGUGGAGCAGCUAAAGAUCCGAAACUAUUAGAACGAGUGAAAACUAUCAGAGAAGAUGUGAACGCCUUGAAGAAACCUCUUCAAAGUCUUAAAUCAUUGGCCGGCGACAUAAUAAGCGAAACUCGUGCAGCUGGCGGAAAUGCUGAUCAUAUUUCGGAAGAUGUAGAUGGAAUUGCCGACCGCAUUGACGAUUUACAAAACCGCUUGGAUGACCGCUGCGGACAACUGCAAUCAGCUGCAACCGCUGUCUCACAAUUCAACGAACAAGUUAAGAAGCUUGGUUUGGACUUAACCGACCUUGAAAAUGCAGUCGAUUUGCUCUCACCACCAGCCCGUGAAGUUAAAGUAGUUAUGGGACAAAUCAAGGAAGUUGCUGACAUUCUAGACAAAAUUGAUAGAACUACAGAGCAAUUGGCUGAUGUGGAAAAAUGCGGAGAAAAGCUAGUCGAUUCCGGAUUCUCUCCAGAUACAGUCCAAACACGUGAACAAAUUGCUGGUUUGAAGAAGACUCUGGGACGCCUGGAUAAUCGCUCACGGGAUCAUGAAGAUGCCCUCCAUAGUGCCUUGAACGCCCUUCAGAAAUUCUAUGAUGAACACACUGGUGUCUUAGAAGAUCUGAAGGACAUUAGUGAUCAACUGAAGGGUAUGAAACCAGUUAGCUCUGAAUUAGAGCAAAUACGUAAUCAACAAGAAGACUUCCGCAAGUUCCGCGCACGAGAAGUAGAGCCCGUUUCACAGAAAAUUGAUGAGGUGAACCGCGCAGGACGAGAUCUAGUUCGAUCCGCUCAAAGUGGAGUUUCAACAACGCAGAUUGAAAAAGAUCUUGAGAAAUUGAACAAGCGCUGGAAUGACUUGAAGGAAGGCAUGAAUGACAGAGAACGUCGUUUGGACGUCGCCUUACUCCAAUCUGGAAAAUUCCAAGAGGCUUUGGAUGGGCUUGCCAAAUGGCUUUCUGAUACAGAAGAGAUGGUGGCAAACCAGAAACCUCCAAGCUCUGAUUACAAAGUCGUUAAAGCACAACUUCAAGAACAAAAGUUCCUUAAGAAAAUGCUUCUGGAUCGGCAAAACUCCAUGUCAUCUUUGUUCAACCUCGGACAAGAAGUUGCUGCAAACUGUGCACCAUCAGAGAAGGCAGCAAUUGAACGCCAAUUGAAAGAACUCAUGUCUAGAUUUGAUGCUCUGACCGAUGCCGCUAAGGCUCGUGAACAGGAUCUAGAACAGGCUAUGGAAGUAGCCAAACGCUUCCAAGAUAAACUCUUGCCAUUGGUCCGUUGGUUGGAUACCACAGAACGUGCCGUUAAAAAUAUGGAACUUAUUCCAACUGAUGAAGAAAAGAUCCAACAAAGAAUCCGCGAACACGACAGACUUCAUGAUGAAAUCGUUUCGAAGAGACCUGACUUCACGGAAUUGGCUGAUAUUGCAGGACAAUUGUUGCAGCUCGUUGGUGAAGAUGAAGCAAUUGGCCUAGGAGAGAAGGUACGAGGAACAACUGAACGUUAUACUAAUUUAGUGGAAGCAAGCGAAAAUGUUGGUCAACUGCUUGCUGAAUCCAGGCAAGGACUCCGUCAUUUGGUUUUGACUUAUCAAGAUCUAGUCGCUUGGAUGGAAAGCAUGGAGAAAGAGCUACACCGUUAUCGCGUAGUACCAGUUCAUACUGAAAAGAUUUUAGAGCAGAUGGACCAUCUUGUCGAAUUGAACGAAGAUAUUGCCAAUCAUGCUCAGAAUGUUGAAUCAACAGUGAACGCAGGCUCUGAGCUAAUGAAGCACAUUUCAGCUGAUGAAGCUAUUCAACUAAAGGACAAACUCGAUUCCUUGCAGAGAAGAUAUGGAGAGCUUACCAACAAGGGAGGUGAUCUGUUGAAACAAGCCCAAGAAGCUCUUCCAUUAGUCCAACAAUUCCAUGACGCACAUAAUCGGUUGGUUGAUUGGAUGCAAGGCGCAGAAAGUGUACUGGCAACCGGAGAACCUAGACAAGCUGACAUUUUACGUCUUGAGACAGAACUUUCUGAAAUGAGACCACUUUUGGAAACUUUGAAUUUAGUUGGUCCACGACUAUGUGCCCUCUCACCUGGUGAAGGUGCUUCUACCAUCGAAAGCUUGGUAACCAGAGACAAUCGUAGAUUUGAUGCUAUUGCCGAACAAAUCCAACGAAAGGCUGAACGGCUUCACUUGAGCAACCAACGGGCUCGAGAAGUUACCGGAGACAUCGAUGAACUUUUGGAAUGGUUCCGCGACAUGGACGCCAACUUAAGAGAUGCCGAUCUACCCUCCAUGGAUCCGAAAGUGGUUCGGGCUCAAUUGCAAGAACACAGAUCAAUUAACGACGAUGUUUCCAGCCAAAAGGGAAGAGUACGAGAUGUUACGGCCACAGCUAAGAAGGUUAUUCGUGAAUCACCUCAAAAUGAGAAUACAGCUGCCUUACGUGAGAAACUGGAGGAUUUGAAGGAGGUUGUGGAUACAGUGAUACAACUUUGUGGAGAUCGACUUUCAGUUUUGGAACAGGCCCUGCCACUCUCAGAACAUUUCGCUGAUUCGCAUAUUGGUCUGUCUACUUGGUUGGAUGAUAUGGAACAUCAAAUUUCGAUGCUUGCAAUGCCUGGCUUACGAGCUGAUUUGAUUACUGCUCAACAGGACAAGAACGAGAGAUUGCUGCAAUCCAUUGCAGAACAUAAGCCUCUUCUCGAUAAACUUAACAAAACUGGAGAAACGUUGGCAGCUUUAGUUGCGGACGAUGAUGCAGCGAAAAUAUCCGAAAUCCUUGACUCUGAUAAUGCUCGUUAUGCCGCUCUUAAGACAGAACUUCGUGAACGCCAACAAGCUCUAGAAAACGCCCUUCAAGAAUCAAGCCAAUUCUCUGAUAAACUUGAAGGCAUGCUUCGAGCCCUGGCUAACACUGUCGAACAAGUCAACCAACUUGACCCGAUUUCAGCAAUGCCUCAGAAGAUCCGAGAACAGAUUGACGAUAAUUCAGCUCUUAUUGAUGAUCUGGACAAGCGUGGUGAUGCAUUUGCCGCUGUUCAACGGGCAGCGAACGAUGUCAUUGCUAAGGCUGGAAAUAAAUCUGACCCAGCAGUUCGUGACAUCAAGAAGAAAUUAGAUAAAUUGAAUAAUCUCUGGAAUGAUGUACAAAAGGCAACAAAGAAACGAGGAGGCUGUUUGGAUGAUACUCUGGCUAUAGCGGAGAAAUUCUGGCGUCAAUUGCACGCUGUAAUGCAAACCCUCCGAGACCUAGAGGAAGCCCUUUCCUGCCAAGAGCCACCAGCAGCGCAACCUCAAGAAAUUCAGAAACAACAGGUUGCACUUCAAGAAAUCCGACAAGAGAUUGACCAAACUAAGCCUGAAGUCGAAGAAGUUCGCCGAACUGGAAAUAAUUUAAUGUCACUCUGUGGUGAACCAGAUAAACCUGAAGUUAAGAAACACAUUGAAGAUCUAGAUCAUGCUUGGGAUAAUAUCACCGCUCUGUAUGCUAAACGAGAAGAAAAUCUGAUCGAUGCAAUGGAGAAAGCCAUGGAAUUCCAUGAAACUUUACAAAAUCUUCUCAAGUUCUUGAAUAAGGCUGAAGAUCGCUUUGCUAAACUUGGUCCACUUGGAUCAGAUAUUGAUGCCGUGAAGAAACAGAUCGAACAAUUGAAACUAUUCAAGGAUGACGUAGAUCCUCAUAUGGUUGAAGUUGAAGCUCUAAAUAGAGCUCUGAACAGGCAAGCCGUUGAGCUGACGGAGCGAACAUCUGCUGAACAGGCAGCAUCAAUCCGUGAACCUCUGAAUUCAGUCAACCGAAGAUGGGAAAAUCUACUCCGAGGCAUGGUUGAACGCCAAAAACAACUGGAACACGCUCUCUUACAUCUUGGUCAAUUCCAACACGCCCUCAACGAACUCUUGGUUUGGAUCGGAAGGACAGAUACUACCCUCGAUCAAUUGAAGCCUAUUCCUGGUGACCCACAACUCUUGGAAGUUGAACUUGCGAAACUCAAAGUUCUUGCAAACGAUAUUCAAGCUCAUCAGAGCUCAGUGGACACCCUUAACGAUGCCGGAAGACAACUUAUUGAAUCCGAGAAGGGAUCACUUGAGGCUUCAGCUACCCAAGAGAAGCUUCGAAAACUCAAUGACCAAUGGAGAAGUCUUCUACAAAAGGCUUCAGAUAGGCAGCACGAAUUGGAAGAAGCUUUGCGUGAAGCUCAAACAUUCAACGCAGAAGUUCAAGAUAUUCUUGGAUGGCUGGGAGAUGUUGACAGUGUGAUUGGAGCUAGUAAACCUGUUGGAGGAUUACCAGAAACUGCCACGGAGCAAUUAGAACGCUUCAUGGAAGUAUAUAAUGAACUCGAGGCCAAUAGACCUAAAGUGGAGACCCUUCAAGCGCAAGGGCAAGAAUUCAUCAAGAAACAAAACCAGAUGAAUGCUCCAUCGAGCAAUUUGAAUCAUACGCUCAGAACGUUGAAGCAACGUUGGGACGCUGUUCUUGCUCGAGCUUCCGACAAAAAGAUCAAACUAGAAAUCGCUCUUAAAGAAGCUACUGAGUUCCACGAUACACUGCAAGCAUUCGUUGAAUGGCUUACUUCAGCCGAAAAACAACUUGCCGGUGCUUCACCAGUUUCCCGUGUACUAGAAACAAUCCAAGUUCAGAUCGAUGAACAUAAAGUUCUCCAGAAGGACAUCAGCACUCAUCGCGAAGCAAUGUUGCUCUUAGAUAAAAAGGGAACGCACCUCAAAUAUUUCAGCCAAAAGCAAGAUGUUAUUCUUAUCAAGAAUCUUCUUGUUUCUGUUCAACAUAGAUGGGAAAGAGUUGUAGCCAAAGCAGCAGAACGAACUAGAGCUUUGGACCAUGGCUACAGGGAGGCACAUGAAUUCCACGAUGCCUGGUCCAACUUGUUGCAAUGGCUCAAUGAAACCGAAACUAUCAUUGACAACCUUUCUGAAGAGGCAGCAUCCAGUAAUGACAAACAAAAGAUUAAGAAGCAUUUGGACAAGGUGAAAGAAACCCAACGGAACUUAUCUGCCAAACAAGGCCAGUACGAUACAACCAUGCGUAAUGGAAAGAAUCUCAUUGAUCGCGCUCCAAAAACAGACGAAGCAGUUCUCAAUCAAAUGUUGACAGAACUGAAGGAAACUUGGAGACGAGUCUGCACCAAGAGUGUUGAUCGCCAACGAAAAUUAGAAGAGGCUCUACUUCUAUCUGGACAGUUUUCCGAAGCUUUGCAAGCCCUUUUGGAAUGGCUUCGUAAAACACGUGCCCGACUGGCUGAACAAGGUCCAGUACAUGGUGAUCUUGAAACUGUGACCGCAUUAGUUGAACAUCAUAAACAUCUCGAACAAGACCUUCAAAAACGAGCAGCACAAAUGCAAAGCGUCUUGAAGACAGGCCAAGAGUUGGCACGCUCUGAUGACAGCAGGGAAAUUUCCAAGCAACUUUCUGAAGUCCAAAGGCUCUGGGAAGAUGUUGAAGAUCUUAGCUCGAAACGUGGAAGUCGCUUGCAAGAAGCAUUGCGUGAAGCUGAACGUCUUCAUAAGUCUGUGCAUAUGCUCCUUGAAUGGCUUUCCGAAGCUGAACAAAAGUUACGAUAUGCACAGGCUGCUCCAGAUGACGAAAAUACAGCCCGUGAAUUGUUAGAAAUGCACACUAAAUUCAUGCGUGAAUUGCGAGAGAAGGAACGCGACAAGGACGAUACCUUGAAUUUGGCCCAAAAUAUCUUAGAUAAGGCACAUCCUGACGCUAUACCCAUCAUUAAGAACUGGAUGACUAUCAUACAAUCGCGAUGGGAGGAAGUGUCACAAUGGGCAAUUGGUCGUCACAAUAAACUUGAAAGCCAAUUGCAAUCGCUCAAGGAUCUUGAUGACACAAUUGAAGAGCUCUUGGCAUGGCUCGCCGGAUUGGAAGCAACACUCAUUAAUCUUGAACGAGAACCCUUGCCUGAUGAAAUUUCUGUUCUGGAACAACUUAUUGCGGAUCACAAAGAGUUCAUGGAGAAUACAGCUCGUCGUCAGCCAGAGGUGGAUCGGGCAUGUAAACCGAAACAACCUUUGGCUGGUACGAAAGAAGCUCGUAAGCCUAGUCGUACCGCGAAAACACCUGUUCGAGGUUCAACUCACGAUCUUCGCGAGCAUUCUCCAGAUUAUAGCGCCGGCAGAAAACCAAGCUUCAAAGGAUCCACCCACGGCCUUAAUAAUCGAAGAACAAGUCGUGUCAGCCCUAGUCGUGAUAUGCAUACACCAGAACGGGAUCGUUUACCACACUAUGGUCCUCGAUUCUCGCCAAGCAGUGCCAAUGUUGCCGAAGCAGAGUUCCGUUCACCACGUGCCAAACUUCUUUGGGAUAAAUGGCGUCACGUGUGGAUGUUGGCAUGGGAACGACAACGUCGUUUGCAUGAACAUCUUAUGUAUUUACAAGAUGUUGAACGCGUACGUCAAUUCAGUUGGGAUGACUGGAGGAAGAGGUUCUUGAAAUUCAUGAAUCAUAAAAAAUCACGUCUCACAGAUUUAUUCCGUAAAAUGGAUAAGGAUAACAAUGGUUUGAUUCCUCGUGAGGUAUUCAUUGACGGCAUCAUAAAUACAAAAUUCGAUACAUCCCGAAUGGAAAUGGGUGCAGUAGCUGAUCUAUUUGAUCGUAACGGUGAAGGUCUCAUUGAUUGGCAAGAAUUUAUUGCUGCACUUCGUCCCGACUGGCAAGAGCGUAAGCCAUGCACCGAUGCUGAGAAGAUUCAUGAUGAAGUCAAGCGACUUGUUAUGUUAUGUACCUGUCGGCAAAAGUUCCGAGUAUUCCAAGUUGGAGAGGGUAAAUACAGAUUUGGCGAUUCGCAAAAAUUGCGGUUGGUUCGUAUUUUGCGAAGUACAGUCAUGGUUCGUGUCGGAGGAGGUUGGGUCGCUCUGGAUGAAUUUUUACAGAAGAAUGAUCCAUGUCGAGUCGACGAACAUUUAGCUGAACUUAUGCCAAUAUUUGAAAGACUGCGUGCACAGGAGCAAAUACCUUGUGCAUAUCCAUUACACAUGGGAGCUGGCGGCACAGUUUUCGUAAGGAGUAAUAAUAGCCGUUCAGUUCCAUUAAGCCCACAUGCACCUCAUUGUCAUCCAUCGACACAUUGGGUCAGAGAAAGGUCUGCUCGUUCAGUGGCUAUGUCGCGUCCAUCACGGUCAUCACUGUCUGCUUCAACCCCAGAUUCACUGAGUGACAAUGAAAGCAGCUUAGGUGCUGCAGGACGUUACACACCACGAAAACCUUCUUACACAAGAACUCCUGGAUUAACACCAGGCGGUUCACGUGGAGGUUCUAAACCGAACUCUCGUCCGGCUAGUCGUGCAGGCUCGAAACCACCUUCUAGGCAUGGAUCUUCACUAUCACUAGAUAGUACAGAUGACACCCCAACACGCAUUCCUCAAAGACGUCUCGGUAGUACAUCGACACCAACUUCAUCAGCGACCGGCACAACGCCGCGUCCAUCUCGAUUGUCAGUAACAUCAACUGUUACUACAACAACUCGUACACCGAUAUCGUUCCGAACUAACGGUGUACCAGCACGAAAGACAGCUUCUGGUUCCGCAAGCCCAGCACCCACAAGCCGCUCACGGAUACCAGUAAGGCAACAUUCAAAUGAUAAAUCAUUUCCUUCGAGUGGCUCCAGUUCAGCUACGAAUAGCUUAUCAUUAAGCAAUUCAGGGCGUAACUUGAGUGGAAGCUCAACACCGUCUGGAAUGCAGACCCCGAGGAAAGGAUCAAUGGAACCACCGACAAGUGCUCCACCGCGGAAAUCACGUGGAGGAACACCAACCAGCCAACGGGAGCCUUUCAGGCUAUAAAUGACAUCACCUAUUCCGCACUAAAACAUCGAAUGUAUUUCUAUCAUUCUUUGCAGUGUUAAUUGAAAUUUCCCUAAUUUCAUAAAUAAUUACUGUUCAGAUGUUUAACGAGAAGUGGAUAUUGUAACAAACACACUUACUUAUUAAAAUGCAACGGGACCAUUUUGUUUAUGUAACUUUUAAAUUUACGUUAUCUUGUGUUUAUACAUUAGGAAAAUGUUAUGUUUGCUUGUUAGAAUACUAUAAAGAAAAUGAAACAAUUGCCAGCAAUCAGAUAAAAUUAUGUACCACGGUACAUACUACGCCAGCUGAACAUAUACAAACAAAAACAUACAAGAUACAAACAAAAAUCAGAAAGACUAACAUAUUAACAAUGGAUUUCGAACUGUUGAAAAUGUUAUAUACUAAUAUACCUACACCCGCAACAACGUCACAGUUGAUUAACAAACGUUCGGAAGUGAAUAGAAACAUUUAUGAAAAAUACAUAUUUCAUUUUGUGCCGAGUGCACAAAACCAUGGGUUUAUGUAAAUAGCAGUUAGAUAACUAAACAAAUUAAUUCGUAAAUUGUAUAAUUUUCUACUUAUAGUAGUUAUUUGGUUAAGUGUCAGUAAAACUAUGAAAGUGAAAAAAUGAUAACUGAAGUAACUAAAACGUGAUUUGGUAAAGAAUUCGGAUGAAAAUAUAAAAAAUGGAAAGUGUACGGAAAAUUUAUUAUAUUUCGAAUAGUGCGAAACGCUUGAUUAUCUUGUACGAAAGAAAUCGCCAGUUUUUUCGUAUGACAAAAUCGAAUUGUUUCGCUAAUGAAUAAUUACAUAAUUCGUAAACGCCUAAUACAUAUUCUCUGCCAGCUACUAUUCCUAGUUAAUAGUCAUAAAUAAAGAAAGAAAUUUAAUUUCACUAUAAAUUAUUCAUCUGAGAACACUGUAGACCGAACACCACAAUAACAAAUUAUCUUAAAAUAUUUUUUGUUAGAUUCAUAGAUAUUUUGAUUUUCCGUGCGCAUAUAUAAAAUAUGAUAUAUUUUUAUUAAUAAUUUAUAAAGUAAAUUCUUUUUUACUAAAAAAGUCAUAAUUUUAAGCUCAAAGUGAAUAUAAAAGUAUGAAAGUUAUAAAAAAAUAAAAAAUGCUGAUAAUAUAGUACCAAGAGUUAUUAAUUUAUAUUUAACAUUUCUACUCGAUUUAUAUUUUUUGUUGUCAUUUGUUUGCUCUUUAUUUAAAAAGAAAGAAAUAUUGCUACUUAUCUAUCAAAUGUGUUUCAUUUAUUAUUAUUUAUAUUAUUCCUCGGAAGUUGAUUUUUGUUACUUUUACUUUAUAAUAGCUUUAUUUGAAAGGGAGGAAAAAUACAAAAAUAAAAUCUUACAUAUAAGCAAAGCGAUAAUAUUAUAUUGUUCUUUUCUGCUUAUUACAAUCGAGAGUAUAUUCUCGACCAAGGAUUCUUUCUGAUGUAGCAUUAAAGCUAUUAACAAGGAUUGCAAAACUAAUCUGGCUUUUUUAUGUUUUCCUCUUACCUUUGUGUAACUCGAAUCCAAUCCAUAUGCCAAUUAAUUUAUAACGAACAAAAGAAUCAGAAAAUAUUGUAAAAAAUAUGAAAAAUAUGGAUAUAUAAUAACAAAAUUUGCUUAAUAAAACGAAAAUAAUAUAACGUCAA